GAGAGGAGUAGGAGAGGGAGGGGAGAAAGAGCAGCGCAGGCAGCGGCGGGCAAGCCACCAGCCCUGAAACCUAGAAAUAAAGCCGAACUUAGCUUGUAUACGCAAGAAUAAUUUACCUUGCUUUACGACAUGAUAGUUCGCACAGAACAACAUACCGUUCCGGGGAUUUAAGAGAUAAGGCUUGGUCGUUUGUGGACUCUACACGACACGGCUGGAAACUCAGAAGGAAAGAAAACAACAACACUGGAAAAAAUACGGGGGUUACACACAACAGUGACAAUAAAACAACACUCCCCGACAAGUGGUCUGCCUGGUGCCGAGGGUGAAGUCUGAACAAAAUAACAGGAAAUAUUGGUGAAUUGAUAUUCUGUUUUAAUCAUUUUAAAUGUUUGUUUCAAGCUAUCGUUUCGGUGUGAACUUUAAACUCAGGAAACAAUGAAGACAUAGCGAGCAAGAACUCAUCAAGUGUCUCGACGCUGCUAGCCAUCCCGCUAGCGUUAGCGUGGCUUUCUUGCAGCGAGCGAAUGCGAGGUAAAGCUAACGCCCGCUAGUGCGGCCAAGUGAGCUAAGUUAGCUUGUCGGCUAACGUUAGCUGGCUAGCUAAACGCGUUUUUGAGAAACUUUUGGUGUUGUUUCCCCAGAGCCCAAACACUGAAGGAGUAUUGUAAGAACAGAGGGGAAGGGCAGGUUCCCUUCUGGACUUUUCCCCCUCUACAUAUUGUCCUAAUAUGAUGGCUACGGAGGUCAGCAGUGAGGAUACGGGCUCGGUCACGACAGGGACAGGGGUGGCAGGCGGAGGAGGCCCGGAGACAGCCCCUUUCCCCUACUAUCCCAAGCCGAACAGAGUGCGAGUCCCUGAUGUGGGACAAGGACCAGCACCAACCCUCCGCCAACUUUCAAACACCUUUCCAGACUCACUUCCCGAAAUGAGUAUCACCUACCCCAUGUCUAGUGGGGAUAUGACCGGACCAGUGCUUUCCGCAACAGGGAGUGGCGGAGCAGGAGGUGGACAUUCAGUUUUCCAAGGAACAAGCUCAGGGACCGUGGGCGGCAUUUACUGCUCUCCCACUUCGGAGGGUCCAGCUAGUCGGAUUUCACCCACAUCAACAGGCCCGGAUGGGCCCACUGACUUCCCCCCACUGCCACCACCUCCUCCUCCCCCUCCAGGCGGCGGGGUGCUCGGUGGCACUAUGGAUGAAAGCGACAUGCAGGAUGGUCCGGAAAUCGAGGAAGAAGAGGUGGUGUUCCCCCUCUCUGCACCGCCCACGAACCAGUGGUACCAUGGCAAACUAGACCGAACCAUUGCUGAGGAGCGGCUGCGUCAGGCCCGGAACCCUGGCAGCUACCUCAUCAGGGAGAGUGACCGCCGGCCCGGUUCCUUUGUCCUGUCUUUCCUCAGUGUGACCAACGUGGUCAACCAUUUCAGGAUAAUCGCCAUGUGUGGGGACUAUUACAUUGGUGGGCGGCGGUUCUCUUCUCUAUCAGACCUGAUUGGUUACUACAGCUAUGUGUCUUGCCUGCUAAAAGGAGAGAAACUGCUAUCGCCAGUGGCACCCCCAGAGCCUGUAGAAGACAGGAGGAGAGUCAGGGCCAUACUUCCAUACACCAAAGUGCCAGAUACUGAUGAGAUCAGCUUCCUGAAAGGGGACAUGUUUAUUGUUCACAAUGAACUGGAUGAUGGCUGGAUGUGGGUGACCAAUGUACGCACAGAGGAGCAGGGCCUCAUUGUGGAGGAUCUGGUGGAGGAGGUGGGGCGGGAGGAGGAUCCACAUGAGGGAAAAGCCUGGUAUCACGGAAAGAUCACCAAGCAAGAGGCCUACAACCUGCUGAUGACAGUUGGCCAGGUGUGCGGUUUUCUAGUCCGACCAUCAGACAACACACCUGGGGACUACUCCCUCUUUUUUCGCACCAAUGAAAACAUCCAAAGGUUUAAGAUCUCCCCCACCCCGACAAAUCAGUACAUGAUGGGGGGGAGGUACUACAACAGUGUUGAUGACAUUAUCGACCAUUACAAGAAAGAGCAGAUUGUCGAGGGCUACAACCUGAAAGAGCCGGUUUCAGUGCAGCACCAGGAACAAGUUCUUACUGACACAGUGGAUGGGAGAGAAAUUUAUAACACUAUCAGACGGAAAACAAAAGAUGCUUUCUACAAAAACAUUGUCAAGAAAGGCUACCUCCAGUUCAACAAAGGCAAAGGCAAACGAUGGAAGAACCUUUACUUCAUCCUGGAGGGUAACGAUGCCCAGCUCAUCUACUUUGAGAGCGAGAAAAGGGCCACCAAACCCAAAGGGCUGAUUGACCUAAGCGUGUGCUCCGUGUAUGGUGUGCAUGACAGUCUGUUUGGCAGGCCACACUGUUUCCAGAUUGUGGUCCAGCACUUUAGUGAGGAACAGUACAUAUUCUACUUUGCGGGGGAGGCUCCAGAGCAGGCACAGGAUUGGAUGAAAUGCCUUCAAACUUUCUGCAGUAACUUAAGGAAAACCACUCAGCCGACCUCCAACAAAAGGCUUCGACAGGUGAGCAGCCUGGUGCUGUAUGUGGAGGAGGCCCACAAGCUGCCAGUGAAGUAUUUCACCAACCCCUACUGUAACAUCUACCUGAACAGCGUCCAGGUGGCUAAAACACACCCUAGGGAGGGGCAGAACCCAGUCUUCACAGAGGAGUUUAUCUUUGAUGACUUGUCGAGUGAAAUCAACAGAUUUGAAAUCAGCCUGAGCAACAAAACAAAAAAGAGCAAAGAAAGUGACAUCUUGUUCAUGCGUUGCCAGCUGAAUCGUCUGCAGAAGGGCCAGAUGAUUGAUGAGUGGUUCCCCCUCAGCUCCCACGUGCCUCUGAAGGGCAUCGAGCCGGGCUCUUUACGUGUACGUGCCCGCUACUCCAUGGAGAAGAUCAUGCCCGAAGAGGAGUACAGCGAGUUCAAAGAGAUGAUCUUGCAGAAAGAGUUCCACGUCAUCUACGGUCUGGCCCAUGUGUGUGGUCAGGACCGCACCUUAUUGGCAAGACUUCUUCUGCGGAUCUUCAGGCACGAGAAGGCUGAAGCCCCUCUACUCAGGACACUCAACGACAGAGAGAUUAACAUGGAGGACGAAGCCACAACAUUGUUCAGAGCGACCACACUGGCCAGCACGCUGAUGGAGCAGUACAUGAAGGCCACAGCCACACCGUUUGUCCACCAUGCUCUCAAAGACACCAUCCUCAGGAUCAUGGAGAGCAAACAGUCCUGCGAGCUGAACCCUUCCAAACUGGAAAAGAAUGAGGAUGUGAACCUGAACCUUGCUCAUCUCCUCAACAUCCUGUCCGAGCUGGUGGAGAAGAUCUUCAUGGCUGCCGAGAUCCUACCGCCGACAUUGAGGUUCAUCUAUGGCUGUCUGCAGAAGUCUGUGCAGCAGAAAUGGCCCACCAACACCACCAUGCGAACCAGAGUUGUAAGUGGCUUCGUCUUUCUAAGACUCAUCUGUCCUGCCAUCCUCAACCCCAGAUUGUUUAACAUCAUUGCUGACCCUCCAUCUUCAGCAGCAGGCAGGACCCUCACACUGGUGGCUAAGUCUGUCCAGAACCUGGCCAACCUGGUUGAAUUCGGUGCUAAGGAGCCCUAUAUGGAGGGGGUGAACCCUUUCAUCAAAAACAACAAACACAGGAUGAUCAUGUUUCUGGAUGAAUUGGGGAACGUCCCUGACCUCCCUGAAGCCACAGAGCACUUUAGGACGGACCUGUCCCGGGACCUGGCUGCGCUGCAUGAGGUCUGUGCCACGCACUCGGACGAGCUCCGGACGCUGAGCAACGAGAGGGGAGCACAGCAGCAUGUGUUGAAAAAGCUGCUGGCCAUCACAGAGCUGCUCCAGCAGAAGCAGGCUCAGUAUGCCAUGUCCAACAGCAACAGGACAGAGUGCACCAUCAUGUCACUGGCUGCUGCCAUCCAGGUAAUGUGAGUUUUACAGAUCGUCCCCCACCACCACCACCACCACCACCACACACCCUUACCCGAGAAUCAAAGUGUGGUAGUCAGACCGCACAGCCAGCCAGCCAAAGUGAGGCCUCAUCCCAUGAGGUGCCCGACCGAAGACUUGAGUCAGUUUGUAUUUAUAAGCAUGUGGCCUAGAUUCCUGACAGUUCAAACACAAUAUGGCUGUUCUCCAUGGGAAACCACAUGCUGCAUAUCUGAAAACUGUCCUUCCAAAGCCCCAAAAUAUUUCAGACACAGACCGUGUGUUGAACUGAUAAAAAACUUGAUAAGAAGCCUUGUCGCGUAAGACCUUGAAGAGGAUGAUUUCUAUGAAGAUGGACCUGAGAUACAGUCUGCUGCAGACAUGUCUGCCCUUCUUUUACCCCGGUAUGCCUGCCACUCCCUCAGUUUGACUGGUUACGAUCGGUGAUUGACGAUGACAACCGGACAAAUGUGGCACCCUGAUCGGCCGCUCCUUUCCUUGGACAAAACCUUUUGCGAGGAUUACCGGGGACGCAAUCCAAAGUACUGAAGUAGCGUUUUCUGCCGUCAUCAGGGAAUUUUAAACACAGCACCUCUCUCCAAGAUGACACAAGCCUUAACUCCCCUUUCUACACACCGUCCGCGCGGCAACUUCACCUGGUUUUAUUACGAGCUCAUCCUUUAAACCACUAAUGACUUCCACCGUCUUUGUGCAUAAACUACCACGCAGCACUGGAACCACUUGUUACAUUUUUAUAUAAUGCUUUGUUUGUUGAUAUUAUAUACUUAGGCUUGUAUUGAAGUAAAAAAAAAAAAAAAAAGGUGUUUUGUGUAUGAUCUAGCUGAACAGAGCUGGAAGAUAGUCUAAGAGUGUGUAGGAGAUCUCUGUAACCUGUCCUGUGCAUGUGUUAACCCUGAAUGGAUCCUGCUAUACAGUAGCGUGUGGGCCUACAUAUAUGCUGCUCUAACCAACAUCACCUGCGCACCCCAUCCACAUCCAUGAGCCUUGGGGGUGUGAACAAAAGCUUUCAUUGCAUUUGCAGUCUCUCUUGCUGUCCUGCCAUCACAGGUGGCGUUUGAGUACACCUCUGCACCGACUAUUUUCAUAUAGACUCAUCCUGAGAAGGCAUGCCACGCACAGAUUUCUCAACUUCAAAGUCAUAAGGGGCCGGCCCUGUGUGCCUCCUGACGAUUGGAGCAGCUGCAGAGUCUGAAUCUGUGCCUGUCAUAGCUCAAGAGUUUACCAAACUGUUUACUGUAGUUGCACUUAAAAAGAUACCACGGACCUCACCGACCUCACCAAGUGUUAACAGACCGCUGGCGACCGAUACGUGAUGCCGAAUGAGCCUAAACGUCUCCUCAUCAGCGAUACCACGAUCAGCUGUGCUACAUGGUAUGGGUGAUGUAGGGAGGAAUGUGGCGUGCUGUUGUACUUGCUUUCUGUAUUUCAUACAACUGAUGAUGUGUUCCUUUUUAUUUUUCUACCUUAUACUGAACCUUGAACCUUUUGCAUCUUAGAUACGACAACCUGGCUAAAAAUAAAGACUGUUGCUAUGUAUGACAACGGAAAA